UCCAGCAGAUUCGCAAGCAGAAAGCCACUCAUAUUUCGAGAGACUGUUGAAGCAACAGUUUCAGUACAUCCGAUAUCAGUAAUGACUUCGCGUUCCAUGUGUGAAUUCGCGUUCACUUAUUUCAAUCAACGGGUCACAUGUGUGCUUCUUGGUAUGGCGACAUGGUCUAUCUUCGGUUCAAGUCAUGAUUGGCACAUAGCGAAGUGA